CACACACACACACACACACACACACAGUUGUGCAGUCGCUGUGUUCUCUUUCAUGCUGUUGUGUGUUUGGAGCUGCACAUCAAAGGCUGCUUCACUCUUGUCACCAUAGCAACAAUCAGCAGAGGAUGGACAAGGAGCCUUGAGGAUCGGACACUUGAAAAACAGCCCUUUCACAAGGAUGAUUGAGUCUGUCUGAAAACAACAUUGUGUUUACAAGCCUUUGAGGAAGAACAAUUCACUGGAUUCGACCAUAUUUACCAGUCGGAAAGAAAUGAAGGUUUUUGAGGAAAACAUUCCAGGAUUUUUCUCCAUAUAGUGGACUUCACUGGGGUUCAACGGGUUGAAGGUCCAAAUGUCAGUUUCAGUGCAGCUUCAAAGCUUCUUAUCUAGAGAAACCAUCAGUCAUUUCUUAAAAAAAAAAAAAACAUUUAUAUACUUUUUAACCACAAAUGCUCGUCUUGCACUGCUCUGCGAUGCUCCACGCAUUAUGUAAUCACGUUGGAAAGGUCACGCGUGACGUAGGAGGAAGUACUGAUCCAGUGUUUAUAAAGCGAACGUGCAAAGACUAAGUCAAACGGCCUUUACAAAAAAAGGUAAAACAACGAUGUUGGAGGAGAAAAUGAGAUGGAGUUUUUCGCCCUACCGCGGUACUUCCACCUACGUCACACGUGACCUUUCCAACAUGAUUACGUAAUGCGUGGAGCAUCGCAGAGCAGUGCAAGAUGAGCAUUUGUGGUCAAAAAGUAUCUAUCUCUAAGUAUCUAAAAUCCUAUCUAUUUGAAAGGGGAAACCCUUUAAAAAAUGUCAUUUAUGUAUGACUGACAAAAUAAAUAUGCAUGUUAAAGAGUCAGUUCACCCAAAAAUGAAAUUUCUGUCAUUUAUUACUCACCCUCAUGUCGUUCCACACCUGCAAGACCUUGAUUCAUCUUCAGAACACAAAUUAAGAUAUUUUUGAUGAAAUCCGAUGGCUCAGUAAGGCCUCUAUUGACAGCAAUAACACUCCCUCUUUCAAUGCCCAGAAAGCUACUAAAGACAUAUUUAAAACAGUUCAUGUGACUACAGUGGUUCAACCUUAAUGUUAUGA